CUUCAGUAUCACAAGUAGUCUCAUCAUUGAAGAUAGACUAUAUAGACAGACACCUGGCCAUAGACACAUAGACACCUGGCCGUAGACGCAUAGACAUCUACAUAGAUUCCUAGACUCGGUUAUAGCCUGGCUGAAAAAAUAACAAAAUGUCAUUGGCAAUCCAAUCCAAACUAAGAAAUGUUCAGAAGGCGACCAACGUGUUUGCUCAGAAACACACUGUUUCUCGAGACAAGAGAGGAGCUGUGCUUGGUAAUGAAGGAGCAGGGUUUAGAGGGUGUACUGUCUGGUUUACUGGACUCUCAGGAGCAGGGAAGACGACAAUUGCAUUUGCACUUGAAGAAUACCUGGUCGCACGUGGUAUUCCUGCCUAUGGAUUAGAUGGAGAUAAUAUUAGGACGGGUUUGAACAAGAACCUAGGGUUUGCUCCUGAGGAUAGAGAGGAGAAUAUCAGACGUGUUGCUGAAGUCGGAAAACUGUUCGCGGAUUCCGGGGUUAUUGCGCUCUGCUCCUUCGUCUCACCCUACAACAAGGACAGGGAGCUAGCCAGAGAGCUCCAUAAGGAUGUUGGUCUUCCAUUCUUCGAGGUUUUCGUUGAUACUCCCCUGGAGGAGUGUGAGAGAAGGGACGUGAAGGGGCUUUACAAGAAAGCCAGGGCCGGGAUCAUCAAGGGAUUUACUGGAAUUGAUCAACCCUACGAAAAACCAACAAAUCCUGAGGUUGUGAUCAAGACUGUUGUUGAUGAUGUGGAUGUUUGCGUACAGCAGAUAGUUACAGUUCUCAUGGAAAACGGUAUACUGAACCAAGAUGCUGUUGAUAUUGUCAAUGAUUUGACCGUAUCACCUGAACUUCUUGAAGAAGCAAAGAAGGAAGCUGAAUCUCUCCCACAGCUGGAGAUCUCUACGUUAGACCUUCAGUGGGUUCAGGUUCUAGGAGAGGGUUGGGCUACUCCUCUCUCUGGGUUUAUGAAGGAAAGGGAAUUCCUUCAAUGCCAGCAUUUCAACUGCUUACUGGAUCAUGGAACCACUAACCUUUCUAUACCUAUAGUACUCCCAGUGCAGACACAGGAUAAAGAAAGGCUACAGGGUUGUCCAGCUAUAUCCCUGAGCUACCAGGGAGUGUGCAGAGCUAUUCUUAGGAACCCGGAGUUCUAUGAACAUAGGAAGGAGGAGAGAUGUGCCAGGCAGUUCGGUACAACCAGUUCAGGACAUCCAUAUAUCAAGAUGAUAAUGGAUGGUGGGGACUGGUUGGCGGGGGGAGAUAUUGAGGUUCUUGGUAAAAUACAAUGGAACGAUGGGCUGGAUCAGUAUAGGUUGACCCCAACCCAGCUGCGCAACAAGUUCCGUGAGAUGGGCGCAGAUGCCGUGUUCGCUUUCCAGCUCCGAAAUCCUAUUCAUAACGGGCACGCGCUCCUCAUGACAGAUUGUAAGAGACAGCUGACAGAGAGAGGAUUCAAAAAACCGGUUUUACUUCUUCAUCCGCUUGGAGGUUGGACUAAAGAUGAUGAUGUGCCUCUAGAUAUAAGAAUGGCUCAGCACCAAGCUAUUAUGGAGGAUGGAGUACUGGAUAAAGAUUCUACAGUUCUAGCAAUAUUCCCUUCACCUAUGAUGUAUGCAGGUCCUACCGAGGUACAAUGGCAUGCCAAGUCUCGAAUGAAUGCCGGCGCAAACUUCUAUAUUGUUGGACGGGAUCCUGCCGGUAUGCCGCAUCCGGAACCGCCGAAGCGGGAUCUAUAUGAAGCAACACAUGGCGGGAAAGUUCUAGGAAUGGCUCCAGGAUUAUCAAAGCUUGAAAUUAUUCCCUUCAGAGUUGCUGCUUAUGAUAUGAAGGCUAAAGCGAUGUCAUUCUUUGAUCCCCGUCGGAAGGAAGAUUUUGAUUUUAUCUCUGGAACCCGUAUGCGAGCCCUCGCUAGGUCUGGAGAACUUCCUCCAGAUGGAUUCAUGGCUCCCUCGGCCUGGAAGAUACUGUCUGAUUACUACAAAUCCUUGGGACAGCAGUAGUGCAGUACAGUACAUAAUAAAUAAUAAAUAAUGUACAUUCAAAUUAUAUUUGAAAUGAAUUUAACGAAUUUAUUGAAUAUGAGUUAGGUCACUAAACUACCUACCAUCGGUUCAAAGUUAUGAAUCACCGAUUCAAAGUUUAAGAUUCAUGAGGAUUUGAAUCAGUGAUUCAGGAUUUUAGCCGGCUGAAGAUAGUUCAGCGACCUUUCCAACAUUAAAUUCAGUCCCAGAAGUGCCUUAUAGAACUUGCAUCACGUUAUGUUUGCUUUUUACUGUACAGAUAAAUUUUUCUACAUUUCCACAAAACCUUUUUUAAAAUAAAGCAUUUUAUUCUAUAUUAUAAACAAUAUGAUAGCAAUUCGGCAAAAAUGUCUAUUUUUCUACCCUUUUAUACAUUAGUUUUUAUCUUUCACAUUUUGCAUUUCUUUAUAAAUUUUUGUACACAAUGACACUUUUAUGUUUCAAACAUUUUAGAAAAAUUUGCAUUUCAUGAAGAUAUAAUUAUUAUAUAUGUAUGAAUAAAAUCUAUUUAGAUA